AUGGAUGCAGUCUUGCAGCCCAGGUUUGACGGCCUGGAGAAGGCCCUGACGACGCUCAUCGACUCGAUUGUCUCCUUCAACCCGUCCCCGCAUGCCGCCGUCGACCUCGUAGCUGCCGACGAUGCCCUGAGUGAGGCACUAGCACAGCUCGAGAAGCACCAGGCGAAUCAUUCCCGCAUCCUAGCUCUACGUGCAGAGGCCGAUGCUCUUGAAGCACACCUCAAGGCUUCCGUCCGCACCCUAGCCCAACUGCGUCGCGAGAUUCUGCGUCUGCCCAUGUCCCAGUCAGCAGUGAAUGCUCGACCAGUUUCCUCUGCCGAACUCCUCCAGUACGCCAAGCACAUUUCUCAGCAUACCGUCCCUCUCACCUAUCGCGAGCACAUCCCCAGAGGCACCUCGGAGGCGGAAGAGGUCAAGGAGAAGGGUAAUGUCACGUCACCACUAGUUCCCGCGAAUGGCCUUGGUACUCCCGCCGCACACGGCGGUCCCGCACCUGCCCCAACCGGCGAUACUACUAAGGAGAAUGCGCCAACCGCUUCUGUUACGGCUCAACAAGCAGAGUGGCUCAAAGACAUGCGCGAGAAGGGGCUUUCGUGGGUACCCUGGCCCGACGACAGCAAGAUCCGCUCGGGGAAUCUCAUGGCAUGCCAACACCUGCUUGACCGAGGCAAGGAUCCCUGGACGGAGAGCGCACCCACCAAGCAGGAAAUGGAUCAUGUAGCCCGAGAGGAAGCUGAGGCUGCGGAAGCAGAAGCCAAAGGUCACGCCCAGGAAGCAGAGCCAGCAGAGAAACGAGACCACGCAGCGCAUCCACCAAGGGUCGAUCCCCAGCAAGUGGCGCAGUUCACUGGGUUCGAUUUUGAUGACGAUGAUUAG